CAAAGUAAACCGAUUGAAUUGCUUGUCAUCGCCGCCGCAAACUAAAAAUAUUAUACAAAUUAGAUGUUGAAGUACUGAAUCAAAGUUUUAUCAAAUACUUGUGAUUAUAAUUUAUAACAAAAAUGAGUUCUAUUGGAACGGGUUACGAUUUGUCGGCAUCUCAAUUUUCGCCUGACGGUCGGGUAUUUCAAGUUGAAUAUGCAGCGAAAGCUGUCGAGAACUCGGGCACAGUCAUUGGCCUAAGAGGGAAGGAUGGUGUGGUGUUUGCUGUGGAGAAGCUUGUCACGUCCAAACUGUACGAACCCGGUGCAAACAAGAGGAUAUUCCAUGUUGAUGAACAUGUUGGCAUGGCAGUAGCUGGCCUCAUCUCCGAUGCAAGACAGAUUGUUGAAACAGCCCGCUCUGAAGCUUCCAACUACAGAUCUCAGUAUGGUGCCCAAGUGCCACUGAAGUACCUAAAUGAGCGAGUCUCUAUGUACAUGCAUGCAUACACACUGUACAGUGCGGUGCGACCCUACGGCUGCUCUGUCGUUAUGGGAACAUGGAACGACUAUGAAGGUCCUCAGAUGUACAUGCUUGAUCCCAGCGGAGUUUCCUUUUCAUACUUUGGAUGUGCAGUAGGCAAAGCAAAGCAGGCUGCCAAGACUGAAAUUGAAAAGCUGAAGCUUGCAGAUCUCACAGUAAAGGAGCUUGUUAAGGAAGCUGCUAGGAUUAUCUACUUGGUCCACGACGAGUUAAAAGACAAGCAGUUUGAGCUGGAACUGUCAUGGGUAUCCAAGGACACGAAAGGACGUCACCAGCUGGUCCCCAAGGAACUCGCGAGUGAAGCUGAGAACCAAGCCAAGCAGGCGCUUGCUGACAUCGAGGAUUCUGAUGAGGGAGACAUGUGAAGCGAAUGUUUUAGAUAUUAAAGUUUUAUAAAUUA